AUGGUAGAACUUAGCCCCCAGGAUGGCUAUACAAAGGUUUAUACAGUUGUUAGAGAAAUUUGCAAGUAUGUCUGUUUGUUCUGCGGGGGGGUUAGAGCCUAUAGGGGUGUGUUGUCCCGUUUGGCGUUGGGGAGGAAGAUUGGUUGGGGGCUAUUCGGUGUGACCUUUGCAUACGCCAGGGGGGUGGAGCAGCACCCCGCAGGAAAGAAUAGUGAAGGAGGAAAGUAUAACCGUUGCUCAAGGGAAGGCACCCCUGUUGGAGGAACCCCCCUUGGAGGGACAGCCGGGGGUGGAUCCGCCAAGUGCCGAGACCUGCUAAACGACAAGUACCUGCUAACGAAGAAGAUAAAGGACGUGUUUCGCAAAACGAAAAGGAGCAGCCACCACGAACUGGAUGUCAUCUUCCUUCCCCGUGCGGCACUGGAGCAUGGAAUGAAAGGAGAGCAUACUUGCACAAAUUGCAUGGUAAACGCUGAUCAUUCGCUUUACGCGUUGCGGUUAAGAAGUGAUAACAUUGUGGAAGGACACACGAAAACGAUUUACGGGCCGAGCGCAGCAGAUGUGCAGAAGAUAUACUAUGACUAUGACUACGAGCAGAAGGAAUACACCGAAGAUAUUGACCCCAAUCUGGUGGAGGGGGGUGAAAUUGGAAAAGGUCGGGAGAAGAAGAGUGAAGGGAAGUUUUCCACUGCGAUGGCGUGGCUAAAGGGAACAUACAAAAUGAUCGACUUUGCGAAAAGGUUAUUCCUCAGUUAUGUAGAGAAGACGGACUACGACGUGAAGGGGGAUAUAAAACGGUACGAACCGAAGAAGCUAAAGUAUACGGUGAAGGAAAAAAUGGGAAGCGGAUCAUUUGGUGAAAUCUGGUAUGCAAUAAAUAUGGAUAAAAAAUCCCCAUUCAAAGAUGUAGUGUUAAAGAAGGUUCUAAUUCUGCAGGAUGAGGAAACAUCGGAGAGAAAUGCGAAGAGAGAGAUCUACUUCGGAGAGCUGCUGAAAAAUUGCCAAAAUGUAAGUCGGUUUAUUGAAUUCUUCACAGAAUAUGAAAGAACAAAUGGGAAUGAAGAAAAGAAGUAUGUGUGGCUGGUUUUUGCAAAUGAAGGGUACUCCUUAGCCAAUCACCUAUUCCAUGUAGACAAAAACAAGGGAGGGAUGUUAACCCCAAGUAGAUUAUGGUGGAGCAUAAAGAAGCAAAGCAUUGGCAUGCUAGUACUGAAAGAUUUAAUGCACCAAAUAUUAAAAGGAGUUUACAAUGCACAUAAGAUUGGGAUCACUCAUAGGGAUAUAAAAAUGGAAAACAUUUUCGUCUCGGCAAGUACCCCUUUCACUGUUCGUAUUGGUGAUUGGGGUAGUGCAGUAGAGUAUAACAAUGAAGACUUUUUAUUCUCUCCUUCGGAGAAUGAAGAGACAGAAGGGUACCAACCACCUGAAUCUUUAUUUGGACAUAUGAAAAGAAACUUUAACCGCCGUCCUUAUUAUGAUAUGUGGGGUAUUGGCAUCGUAUUUCUGCAGUUCGUUCUAGGUACUAAGAAUCCUCUAGAGGUUAGAAAUAAAAGGAAUGCAAUGAAGCUGCAUAAUUUCUACGCCAAGCAUGCAACCCCAGAAGCAUUAAAAGAGGCCAUUUUUCUGCAGAGCCUUUCCGAGUUGUGCUUAAUGCGAUGGGGAUUGUCUCCGAACAAUUCGAUUUCGCUCAAACGGGAAAGACUCCCCCAUUCGUCCAUUUAUGGAAAUAACACCAUUUUGAAUUCUCUGCAUUAUUCUCUCUCCUUCGAUCUGAUUCGUUUAAAGAAUCAUACGAUGAGUAAUUGGAGGAGUAGGUACCUUGCCAAUACUUACAACUCGUUAGUCCCGUUCUUCCCGGUUUCCUCUCCCCUUUGUGCAGAUACCAACUGUCUGCAUUUGUAUGACCCUGGUUUGGCAACCCCUCCCAGUUUGAGUGGCCACUCCGGGAAAACUCCCUACAAAAAUGUCAUCGGCACAAAUUUGCACCUCCACGGGGAACACACCUGUGCAGACUGCAAGAACAACGCACAGAUGAACCAAAUGAUAUACCAACACUCACGCAUGCACGCUCUGCUUUCCACUUCCUGCGAUGAUGAGCAGUUUCAGCAGAUCCUUCAGGAGAGAGAUCCCUCUGGAGUGGGGCUCCCUAACGCCAACGCGAGAAACCUACUCCGGCGUCUGCUCACCUUUGACUACGCUACGAGGAUUACCGCUGAGGAGGCCCUCAACCAUCCCUGGUUUGCCGAGCCGUAG